AUGCUGGUGCUUCUAACAUUUUGCGCUUUAGUUUCACAAGUAUCGCCAGCCACAACUCCAGCACCACAGCAAGUUAUGCGAAACUGGGAUCAGCAUGCCUGCUCACUGGUGGUUUGUGGGCCAGCUGAGAAAGGGCUACCAGGCAGAGAUGGAAGGGAUGGAAUUCAAGGACCGAAAGGGGAAACAGGAGAGCAAGGAUUGCAAGGACCAAGAGGGAUAGUUGGUGUUCCAGGGAAAAUGGGCCCAAUUGGACCAGUAGGAGAAAAAGGAUCCCAAGGAGAGAAAGGGCCAAAAGGAGAUGCUGGAGAAAUGGGACCACGUGGAAUCCGAGGCUUGCAGGGUCCUCCAGGAAGCAGUGGCCCUUCUGGACCACAAGGCCAGAGUGGCCCACAAGGUCAACAAGGUGUAAAAGGAGAAACAGGACCCAAAGGAGCCACCGGCAUGCAAGGCCCCCAAGGCAACACAGGAGCCCCUGGCCCAAAAGGUGACAAAGGGUCAGUGGGUGAAAGGGGAGAAAAAGGAGAUGUUGGAGCCAGAGGAUUACAAGGAGCAGCCGGUGCACAAGGGCCAGAGGGGAGAACAGGCUCCCCUGGGUCAAAAGGGGAUAAAGGUUCCAUGGGUGAAAGAGGGACAAAGGGAGAUAGUGGCCUCUCAGAGGUCAACCUUAUGAAAGACAAAGUCAGCACCCUGGAAGGGCAGCUCAAAGCUCUGCAAGCCAGUUUCUCCAAAUACCAAAAAGUUGCAGUAUUCCCAAGUGGACAAAUUGUUGGCAACAAAGUGUUUGUAACCAGUGGCUACGAAGGCACCUUUGAUGACCUGAAGCAAAAAUGUCUGCAAGCUGGUGGCCAGCUCGCUGCCCCCAGAAAUGCUGCUGAGAAUGCUGCAAUCCAACAGAUAGUUGUUCGCCAUAAUAAGUCAGUAUUUCUUGGGAUCACCGAUAUCCAGACUGAGGGGAAGUUUAAGUACCUGAAUGGUGAUGCCCUCGUUUACUCCAACUGGCUGCCAGGAGAACCCAACAAUGAUAAAGGGAAUGAGAACUGUGUGGAAGUCUAUGUGAACGGCAAGUGGAAUGACAAGUCCUGUGGAGAGAAGAGGCUAUUACUCUGUGAAUUUUAGAUCACCUUUCAUACAGCUUUCAACUCACUUACGAGGACCACACGUUUUAAUACUGCAUUUCCCUUUUUAUAGUAGACAUUGAAGCAAUUAUGAUUUUGUUACUCCUCACACAAUUCUGGUGAGGAAGGUCUGUCAAUAUGUAUGCAUGCAUAACAUAGCCAAUUAGCAAGUGUUCCAAUCAAAACAGCUCCCCUCUUGCAGUCAACCUCAGUUCACAUGCUAAAUCUCUUAAGGAUGUACCAUUGUACACCUACUCAUUCACUUGAAUGGCAAGAAGUACCCAUGGCCAUGCUACCAUGUAUAGUUUCAAUGAGAGGGCUCUUGAGACAUAAUUGUAAUAUUCACUUUAUUUCCAAAUAUACAAGCAGAACCUAUAAGCUGAUUCCUAAAAAUACACUCUCUCUCCCCCGCCCCUCUCUCUCACAGCUCCCACUGACAUUUCUGUUUCUUACACACAAAUAUCUGGAGAGCAUUAUCCUCUAAAGCCCACCUUGCAGAUGAAUGAACCUCAGUCAGGCACUGCAGGGCUCAAACUGGGAGCAGAUAGUUCCAACUGGGAGAUUUAUAUACUAGUCCAUAGUCCUCUGGCCUGGGAGGUCUGUUGUUAUGGGAGCACUAUUCCAAUGUACUAGCAACCAACAAGUAUGAAGACCCACAGACCUACUAGCUUCCUUAUUCUAGGCAGCUCACCACUGGGGGAGACCACCUGGUUCUCCUCUUGCCUAACAGACUGCUGACCUUCAACCAACACAUCCAGGGGGGUAGAGAGCUUGGUGGGGGGCAGGGAACAAAGUUUGACCAGUGGCUGCCCUGCCUCCUGGGUGUUCCUUCCAGAAAUUCCACCAGCUGCUGACAGGGGAAAUGAAACUCUACCAUGGAUAUCUUAGCCCUGUUCUUGGCACUGGCCCCGUCCCCCUUUGUGUCUAAUGUCAGAAUCAGGUGAGGGGUCAUUGCCUGGUAUGAGGAGUCCAUCCCUCCCCAGCCAGCAUAAAAUGCCUCAUUGUCUCGUGAGAGGGGGCAAGGGGCACCUUGGUUGAGGGUGAGCCUUGGUGGGGGGCAUAUCCUUGGGACCUGGGGACAAUUGUCCCCCCGUGCUCAAUGAUCGCUAUGCCCCUGAGCCCAUCUCCAACCAACCUUUUUGCCUCCAACCUACCUCGGGCCUGUCCCGUUCCCAAGAGACCUGUCUGCCCUUGAGCCUGAACACUUGACAAUUUCCCAUUCUGGAAACAAUCACAGUCAUUAAAGCUCUUCUUGUAAUAGGAGAUAUCAUUAUGAGCCCUUUGGGGGACAGCGAACUAUCUUUAUUUAUUAUUGAUUCUUCUGUGUAAACCACUUUGAGAACUUUGGUUGAAAAGCAGUAUAUAAAUACUUGUAGUAGUAGUAAUAGUACCACCACCACCACCACCACCAUUUUGGGAUGGUGAAGGUGAUACUCUCAAUAUCUGUAUGCAAUUUAAUGUUAAAUAUAUCCACGAAUAGGCCUUUGAACUUUGCAGCAAAUCAUGCUUUCAAGUGUGAACCUGCCUCUUGUCUAAUCCCUGACUCCUGUCACACUUUAGGCAAGAUAAUAGUGAUAUAUACAUUCAUGGUAAUCAGAUGGCCACAUUUACAGUCUAUAGAAAAGAACUCCCACUCAGCCUGUACACCGUCCAGAAGAAAGGAGGGGCUCCCUUCCCAACCAUUGCACUUCUUGCACAUGCUUAUCUCCCAAUAUGUUGGUUUCAUGGGGGAGAGGGACAGACUAGCAACUGAAAUAUUCAUGGAAACAUUCAACUGUACAUUGCAAAAAGCCGUUAUUUUGAGAGCAUCACCUUCACCAUCCCUGAAUGGUACCUGCAAUAUCUCCUUGCCUUGUCCUGGCAACAUCUUUCCCCCGCCGCCCCAGCCUUGAACUUCUGUGUGUGUUCAGCUUGUGCCCUGUGGGCGGGUAUAUGCUUUGCCUGCAGAAGGACUUGGGUUUAUCCAAGUGCAUGAAUUCCAGUGAGGCAAGGGUGGGGGGGCUUGCCCUCUUACUUCUUGCACUGUCUCUCUUAACAAUUAUUUUUAGAAAGCUACAAGGGCUUGAAUUCUAGUGCUAAAACUGAGGAAAGGGAAGAGGCCUUGUGGAUUUCAUUAUAGGCCCUCCUGCCUUUCCCCCCAUAAUUUGGGCAUUGGUUCAGUCCCUGGAAUCUCCACUUAAAGGCUGUCAGGCACUGCAGUAGUGCAGGCUGAACUGGGCUAUAUGAAAAGGCAGCUUGAUAGGUUCAUGUAUUUGUCUCAGGGGAGAGCAGAUGCCACCACAGCAAGUGAGCUGUUGAAAAAUAAAGAGGCUUCACAGCUGCUAGAAACUGGAACACGGGUAUCACCAGCAGGUUCCUUCCUAAGGUUAAUCCGCAGUGUAGGCAAAGCCAAGUCAUGCUUUGCAAUGAUCCUAUUGGCCACAAGAUGUCUCCUGUGGCAAGUGUUACCAGUUUUAUCUUCAUAUUCAGAAGGGAAUGUUCAACUCAUCAUCAAACGGUCCUAAUGCUAUUUCUGAUGUUACUUAGAAUUAAUGUGGCUCUUAAAAUUUCUUCAGACUCUUGUCAACAGCAGUUUAAAACUUUAGUAAUUUCAAAAUCUCCUUCUCACUUGUAUAAUUCUGCCCCAUGUGCCUGGAAUACCUAUGUGGUACCACCUCUCUCUUUCUUCAGACCUCUCCUUUUCUGUUAAUACUUUGACUUCACAUCUACUUUCUUUUAGUGAUGUUCACUCCCUACUGAAACUAGGUACAUGUAAACAUCACUCAUACAUAUUCUGCCCCCUUACCUCUGUCUUUCCUCCCCUCUCCUCCUCCUGUGGUAUCUCCCUAUUGAAAUGUAGAUUGUAAGCCGCUUGCAGCAGGGCAUGUCUUCUUGCUUGUAUUCCUCUGUAAAGUACUAUGUACAUUGCUGGGACUAUAAAUAACCUAUCAAUAUAUAUAAUAAAUAUUCAUCAUCCAUUUCCUUUUGAGAUACAUAUUCGGGGGGAGAGAGAGAGAGAGAAAGGAAGUUUCCAGAUCUGGAGUCUGCAGAAUGAUGUUUGCUAAGAUGGAAUGGGGCAUCACUUUUUAUAUGGGUGGGUGGAUUUUUACAUGCACAGGAUAUUUUUAUAUUUAUAUUAUUCACAAAAUGUUCAUUAAAAGAGA